UAACCACCUGCUUGGCACGUUGCUUUCAUCGCUGGUACUUUAGUUGCUUCAAAAUGUUGAAGGAAUGAUUACGCGCAGCUUGCCGCUUGUUGACUGAGCGCUAAUUUUGCAGGCCACUCGGCAUUGGCAGCUGUCUAGCCACGACACCGCCUGCUACCUGUAAUUUCCCUUCGUUGGGCGUGUGACCAGUAAUUGUGACACAUUGACAACAUUUAGUAUAGCUUAGACGCAGUCGCUGCAGCUGCAGUUCAGUGUGCAACUGACCAGCGACAUGGAAGGACAGACAGGUUGGAAAUUGCGGCACAUAUUCAGGAACAAAAAGGUUAAUCAGGUGGAUGACCAUGAAAAUAGCUCACCCAAGGAAAUAGAUGAGGUGAAUUUCGAUUUCAAUGUUAUAAGGAACGAUAAACCAGCGGACUAUGCUCAGCUAGAAAUAUUCCAUCGCGCCGCAAGUCCCAUUAUGUUGCUGGGUCAGUGUUUUGCUGUGAUGCCACUGACUGCCAUCUGGCAAGCAAAUCCUCGUUUUGUGAAGUUCCGCUUCAAAUCUGUGCAAAUGUUGAUAACAUUGCUCUUUAUGGCGGCCAGUUUGGUGCUCAAUUUGUCCAUGAUGAAGUUUUUGGUUAAGAUUGGCAUCACAGCGAAGAACUUUGUGGGUCUGGUGUUCUACACCUGUGUGCAAUGCGCUUGCAUAUUAUUCAUAGAUCUGGCGCGUCAUUGGCCGCCUUUAAUACGCUACUGGACACGUGUUGAGUUGAUCUUCAACAAGCCACCCUAUGAGGUACUCAAAAGAAGUCUCUCACAGCGUGUGCGACUUUCCGCUCUAAUCAUCAUAGGCUGUUCCAUUGUUGAGCAUGCUUUGUAUCAAACCUCUGCGGUUAUAAGCUACACGCGACAGGCGGAAUUCUGCUCAAAGUUUCCCAAUAGUACAAUGGGUGGCGUGUCCUUUGAAAACUACAUCGUAAUGAACUAUUCUUAUGUGUUCCAAGUGCUGUCCUAUAAUCGGUUUGUGGGUGCCUAUAUUUUGCUGGUAGCUGGCACCAGUACUUUUAUAUGGAACUAUAUGGAUUUAUUUAUCAUGAUGAUCAGCAAGGCAUUGGCCUAUCGCUUCGAGCAAAUCUCCGAUCGUGUUCGCAGGCUGCAGAAUGAGGAGCGGGUACCGGAGUCCACAUUCAUAGAGAUUCGCGAGCACUAUGUACGCAUGUGUCAGCUGCUGGAGCGCGUGGAUAAUGCCUUGUCCAGCAUCAUUUUGUUGUCUUGUGCAAAUAAUUUAUACUUUGUAUGCGUUCAGCUGCUGAACAUAUUCAACAAAUUUCGCUGGCCUAUCAAUUAUAUAUACUACUGGUACUCGAUGCUGUAUCUGGUGUGUCGCACGGCUUGCGUCUUUCUCACAGCUGCUACCAUCAAUGAUGAAUCGAAGAGUGCGCUGGCUGUGCUGCGUCGUGUGUCCAGCAAAAAUUGGUGUGUGGAGGUGGAACGGCUCAUCUUUCAAAUGUCCACACAAACAGUGGCCUUGUCUGGCAAGAAAUUCUAUUUUCUAACGCGCAAGCUGCUUUUUGGUAUGGCUGGCACAAUAGUUACCUACGAGCUCGUGUUGUUGCAAUUCGAUGAACCCAAUCGCCGCAAGGGUUUGCAGCCCUUGUGCGCCUGAUAGGUGGCA